GGAGGGGCGGCUACAAUGGAGCCUCCUGCGGGCUUUGUACCCUCUCGGAAUCCAGCUGUCGCCGGGAGCUCCGAGUCCCCCGAGGGCGCCCAUUUCCGGGUCGCCCAUCACCCGGAGUGUAUUGGCAGCCUCGGUCCAGGUGAGCCCACAGCCCCUCCUGCCUUCUCGGCUUCGGACAGUCUCCAGUCUGUCCCCAAAAUGCCUGUGGACUUCAACGGGUACUGGAAGAUGCUGAGCAACGAGAAUUUCGAGGAGUACCUGCGAGCGCUCGAUGUCAACGUGGCCUUGCGCAAAAUCGCCAACUUGCUGAAGCCAGACAAAGAGAUCGUGCAGGACGGCGACCACAUGAUCAUUCGCACACUAAGCACUUUUCGGAACUAUAUCAUGGAUUUCCAAGUUGGGAAGGAGUUUGAGGAGGAUCUGACCGGCAUAGACGACCGCAAGUGCAUGACCACGGUGAGCUGGGAUGGCGACAAGCUCCAGUGUGUGCAGAAGGGUGAGAAGGAAGGGCGUGGCUGGACCCAGUGGAUCGAGGGUGACGAGCUGCACCUGGAGAUGAGAGCAGAGGGUGUGACCUGCAAGCAAGUGUUCAAGAAAGUGCACUAAGCAGCUGGAGUAGAUAACCUUGGUCUUGAGGAGCAAGUGGCCUAUGGUCAGAAGCCCCCUCUGCCUAGCACAGGGCUGAUACUGCCCAGGUAUCUUCCGGCAGAGUCUAUCUCUUCACCUCGUCUCUUUUCCUGUUCUUAAAAUGAAGCUACCCCCAAUAAAGGUGAUCUCCAUUUAA